AUGCCUUCGCCUUGGUCGCCGUCGGCCCAGGAUCACGAUCCCAUGUUGGAGGCCGGUACGCCCAGCAGGACGGGUCAACUCAAUACGAAGAAGAGCUUGGUCAGGCCGGAGCGCCGAAGGAACAAUCCAGACGAGCCGGACUACUACUACCGGAAACAUGCCCAGAACAUGAACAUCAGACCCUCUGCGACCGGUCGAGACCCACAAUGGGAGGAUGACAUGGAGACAAUGGGUUCGGAAGAGUCUUCAAGACUGCAGGGCUCGGAAGAUGGUCCUUGGCAAGAGAAGGCCGCCCUGGAGCGAGGCAAGAGUUCGGCUACGAGAAAGAGCAGGAAGCGACAUGCCAAUAAGCUCACUCGCAGGACGACCGACAAGGAGCGGGACAAGGAAGAAAAGGAGCUCCGGCGCCAGAAGAUCCAGGAGGCGAGCGGGACACCGACGCUGUGGGGUGCCUACUGCCAUGCCAUCACCUUCUGGGCCCCAAAUGUCGUCUUGUCCUGCUUCGGCAAGAAGCAGAAGGAGCAGCAGCGAGCAUGGCGCGAGAAGAUGGGUUUGAUCUCCGUCAUUCUCGUCAUCAUGCUCUUUGUCGGUUUCCUCACCUUCGGCUUCACGCAGACGGUCUGUCCGGACGGUGGGCCCCUGCGAUUGCAGGUGAACAAGGUUGGCCCAGGGUACAUGAUCUUCCACGGACAGGCAUACGACCUCACCCACUCUCAGCAUCCGCUGGCAAGAGGCGUUGCGGACGGCAGCAACGUACUCUUCGAUACCGACCCCAAGGGCUCGGGCAUGGACGGCAGCUUCAUGUUCCAGAACGUGAACGGAGCUUGCAAGGGCUUGAUCACCCCGGCGGACAACUCGGAUGUCCCCACAGACAGCUCGGGCAGUCUGGCGUGGUACUUCCCUUGCAAUCUGUACAAGCAGGACGGCUCAUCUGCUGUGAAUGACUCGGUGGGUUACUACUUGGGCUAUGCCUGUCACACUCAGCGCCAAGCGCGCGACGACUUCUACCGUCUGAAAUCUUCGGGCGAUGUUUACUUUACUUGGGACGACGUGAGGAACCAAUCUCGAAAUCUGAUGGUCUUCUCGGGUGAUGUCCUGGACCUCAACCUUCUGGAAUGGUUCAACAAAUCUCAGGUCGCCUACCCGGACAAGUUUGACGAGAUCCGUCUCAACUCGGCCGUGCGUGGCAAGGACGUGACCUUGGCCUUCUCUUCGGGCCAGAACAAGCAGAUUGCGCAAUGCUUCCAGGACAUUAUCAAAGUGGGAUCCAUCGACACGGAGACCGUCGGCUGCAUCGCAUCCAAGGUCGUGCUGUACGUGUCGCUGAUUUUCAUUCUGAGUAUUGUAUUGAUCAAGUUCGUCUUGGCUCUCCUCUUCCAAUGGUUCCUCUGCCGCAAGUACGCAGCCGCCAAGACGAGUAUGACCAAGGACAAGAAGAAGCGGCAACAGCAGAUCGAGGACUGGACCGACGACAUUUACCGCCCGCCGCCAAAGAUCACAGACCCUGCUUCUGUCGGCGGUAGCGAUCGCCCUUCCAAGCGUGGUAGCUUCCUGCCUACGACUUCACGUUUCACCAGCCCCUACGCAAUCGAGAACAACAGGAAAUCCGCGCAGCCAACCACCAUGGUUUCUCAGCAUUCAUCCGCGAGACUGAACCCUGCUGCGGCGGCCAUGUACGGUCACUCCGAUCGGUCCGAUGGCGCUGUCGGAGGACUUCAUGACGGCAGCAGAACGGCGUACGACGAGAGUAGGGCCAGCUUGAUGGAUUCACACCAGCUCGCAUCGUCCACGCAGCGAUAUAGCAGCACCAUGGACACGGACGGCAGCGGUCCGCAGGGCUUCGUUCACGAGUCGGUCGUGCCGCAGCCGCCUCCGGAGUGGCAGCCAUUCGGUUUCCCACUCGCGCACACCAUGUGUCUUGUCACUGCCUACUCCGAAGGUCCCGAAGGUCUCCGAACCACCCUGGACUCCGUUGCCAUGACCGACUACCCGAACAGCCACAAACUCAUCUACGUCGUCUGCGAUGGUCUCAUCAAGGGGAAAGGUGAGACUCUCAGCACACCCGACGCGGUCGUCAGCAUGAUGAAGGACUUCUCCACCUUGCCGGACGAAGUGCAGCCCUUCUCCUACGUUGCCGUGGCGAGUGGAAGCAAGCGUCACAACAUGGCCAAAGUCUACUGCGGCUUCUACGACUACGGUCCCGACAGCAUCAUUCCCGUCGAGAGACAGCAGCGUGUACCCAUGGUCACCAUCGUCAAGUGCGGUACCCCUGCCGAAGCUGACAAGCCCAAGGCCGGCAAUCGAGGAAAGCGUGACUCUCAGAUCAUCCUCAUGUCGUUCUUGCAGAAGGUCAUGUUCGACGAGCGGAUGACUGAGCUCGAGUACGAGAUGUUCAAUGGUAUCUGGAGGCUCACGGGCAUUUCGCCGGACUUUUACGAGAUAGUGCUGAUGGUCGACGCUGACACGAAAGUGUUCCCGGAUUCGCUCACUCACAUGGUGUCGGCCAUGGUCAAAGACCCUGAGAUCAUGGGUCUGUGCGGAGAGACCAAGAUUGCGAACAAGACUGCCUCGUGGGUCUCGAUGAUACAGGUCUUCGAAUACUUCAUCUCGCAUCACCAGUCCAAGGCUUUCGAAAGCUGCUUCGGCGGUGUCACAUGCUUGCCGGGAUGUUUCUGCAUGUACCGCAUCAAGGCUCCCAAGGGUGGACAGAACUACUGGGUGCCCGUCCUCGCCAAUCCCGACAUCGUGGAGCACUACUCGGAGAACGUCGUCGACACGCUGCACAAGAAGAAUCUGCUCCUGCUGGGUGAGGAUCGAUAUCUGACCUCGCUGAUGCUCAAGACCUUCCCGAAGCGAAAGCAGAUGUUCAUCCCGCAAGCCGUAUGCAAGACGACCGUUCCGGACGAGUUCAAGGUCUUACUUUCGCAAAGAAGACGAUGGAUCAACUCGACGGUGCACAAUCUGAUGGAGCUGGUCCUCGUCCGAGACCUCUGCGGUACUUUCUGCUUCAGCAUGCAAUUCGUGCUGUUCAUCGAGUUGGUCGGAACGCUGGUGCUCCCUGCCGCUAUUGCCUUCACCAUCUACGUCGGUACGUAAUCACCAUCACUCCAUCCGUUCCGGGCCAUCCUUACUGACAAUUUCUCCAGUCGCCCUCGGCCUCAAAGCCGCAAUCACCCACACCACUGCGCCCACGAUCCCCCUCGUCCUCCUUGCCCUCAUCCUCGGUCUCCCCGGCGUCCUCAUCAUCAUCACCGCUCACCGCGUCUCGUACGUCAUGUGGAUGUUAAUCUACCUCCUCUCCCUGCCCGUGUGGAAUUUCAUCUUGCCUACCUACGCCUACUGGCACUUUGAUGACUUCUCCUGGGGCGAUACGCGACAGGCUGCAGGGGAGGAGAAGGGGGCUGAUAAAAGUGGUCAUGGAGGAGAUGGACAGUUUGAUUCGAGUAAGAUUACGAUGAAGCGAUGGGGUGAUUUUGAACAGGAACGGAGACUGAGGGGGAAUGUCGGUUGGGUUGGUAGUAAUGGGCUGAGGAGCGAGAGUCCGAGUGCGACGACUUACGUGGGUGGUGGGUAUUCGGGUGGUGGGCAUGAGAGGAAGGUGAGUGAGAGGCAUUAUUAA